AUGUCCCAACUACCAUCAAGCCUCCAUUGCACAGAAAAUACUGAACGAUAUGAUGAAAUAACGAAAGCGAUAAAUAGCUCCCUGCGAGAUUCUCACGAUGACGGUAUCCAAGCGUCAAAUCACUCCUCUAGUUCCUCCAUUCGACUUCAUUCCCCUAUGGAGAAACCAAGGAAACCAAAAGAUUCUUUCGAGUAUUCGGAUUCACCUACUCUUGAAGAUGGAAUCAUGUCUAGAUCCAGAAGUACAAGUCGAACGAGUAGGACGAGACAUUGGUGGAACAAAAUGGCUGCAAAGAGUAGGAGGAAACAAUCUUUCAAUGAGAUGGAGAUGUUUGAGGAUGUCGACACAGAUGCAAAUACAGAGAUUGGAGAUGGGUUAUUGACAGGUUUACAUAAAAUAACUAGACGGCAGAGGAAGAAGAAUGGAAUCUUCAAUUAUUUUGUCUUCGGAGGCAUAAGUGGUCUAGGUAUAUUAUCAAUCCUUCUUCUCAUAAACCUCUUACUCGGAGCUGCAACAUUACUUUGGGCUCAUGAUAUCGACAAUGUUCUGAAAAAUUGGGGAAAAUCUGGGACAGGCACAGAAGAUCUGGCAUGGUAUCCCACCGAUUUCACACGAGACAUAAACCCUAUUCCUUGUCAUUCUCACAAUGAUUAUUGGCGACGGGUACCAUUAUUUGAUGCAUUACGAGCAGGAUGCCUAGGGGUAGAAGCAGACGUAUGGCUUUUCGAUGAUGAUUUAUAUGUUGGACACAAUACUGCAUCCUUACAACGAAAUCGAACCUUUCAAUCUCUAUACAUUAACCCCCUUGUCGAUAUUCUCGAACGACAAAAUCCAAUCACUGAUUUUUACAACGGUACCAGCCAUGGAGUUUUUGAUGCAGAUGGUGGGAAAUCCCUAAUUCUUCUGGUUGAUGUGAAGACCGGCGGAGCAGAAACAUGGCAAUGGGUCCUCGACCAACUGGAACCACUACGGAAACAUGGAUGGCUUUCUUACAUCGAAAAUGAUACUUUACACACUCGACCCAUUACAGUUGUUGGAACCGGGAAUACACCGUUCGAUGUUCUUACCAAAAAUUCAACCUAUCGCGACGCCUUUUUCGAUGCACCCCUUGAUACAAUGUGGGAACCUAGACAUGUCACUGAAGAAAUGAAAGAUUGGCCUAAAUUUUAUGAUGGGGCACCUGGGGAAGGAUUAUAUGAAGGCGAAGGAAAUGCAGAGGAAUUUGUUCCUGGAACAUCUGCCUCGAGUAAUUCACCAGCCAUACCUGCCAGAACAGCAAUUCCAAUGCCCCACCAACAUUCAAAUAAGGGGCAGGGUAUGUCUGGUGUAUCAUCUGAUACCGAUUUUAAUUCACUAAACUCAUAUUACGCAUCGGUUUCUUUCAAUAAAGCAGUCGGUAGAAUCUGGAGAGGCAGAUUAAGUCCUAGACAAAUGAAGAUCAUCCGUGGACAAAUUAGAGGCGCACAUAGAAGGGGACUCAAAGUUAGAUAUUGGGACUUACCAAGCUGGCCUAUUGGAUUAAGAAAUCAUGUUUGGGAUGUUCUUGUGAAAGAAGAUGUUGAUUACUUGAAUGUUGAUGAUUUACGUGCGGCGGCGAAACAAGUUUGGUGA